CCUAAAGCGGACAUUAAAAGGCAAAUAUUAGAGCGCAUGGCAGCAGGAUGUUUGUCGAUGUUUGCCCUGCACUCUACACAAAGUGAAGAAGAGACAAAACAAAGCUGUUGGAGUUGAGGUGGGAAGGGCUUUUCACCUGCCAGGUAGAUAGAGGACAGGAGCGGGGAGGGGAGAGACCGUCCCGGACAGGAGAGGAGAGGGGCAGGGAGGAAAGACGCGCGCGGGGCGAGAAAAGUCGACUUACCUGUAGCCCAACUUCUGGCAAACUCACUCUGCUACCUGCUCCAACUUGAAAGUCCAGUUUCACAAGGAAGAACCGUAGAGGAAGCAAAAAUAUGUCACAGGAGACAGACAAUAAGCGUUUGGUGGUGGUUGUUCCCAAUGAGAGCUCUUUCCCCGCCGUGAGGCGCGCCUACACCAGUGAAGAUGAGGCGUGGAGGUCAUACCUGGAGAACCCGCUGACGGCCGCCACCAAGGCUAUGAUGAGCAUCAAUGGAGACGAGGACAGUGCCAACGCAUUAGGUCUGCUGUACGACUACUACAAGGUGCCCAAAGAAAAGAGAGUUUUGGCAAUUCCCAAAGUUGCUGAAAUUCCAGAAGACCCAGAGAAGAGGUCAGUACUGCCAAACAACUCUACCAACCAAAACGAGGUGGAGUCAGUGGACAACCGGGUCCAGGUCCUUAAAACCGUCCCGGUGAAUCUUUCACUCAGCACCGAUCACCAGGAGCCCAAAAGGGAGCAGCUGUGCAACUCAACAGGGGAGACCCCACUGGACGGAGCCCCGCCGCCGGCCGUAGCCAUAGUCAAAGCUGAAGUGUACGCCCCCGUCUUCAUGACAGGACCCCCGCUCCACUACAGGGUGGAAGGAGAGGAGCGGGUGGUCUACGAGCAGAGUCAGUACGAGGUGGCCACCGUCAGCCCCUACGUGAAGGAGGACCAGCAGAGUCCACCUGACAGCCCCUAUGAGGAGGAGACAGACGGGGGCCAGAAACAGGUGGGGGAGGGGAAGCUCUUUGCUACCCUCUGUUCCAAACAGCUGGAGAACACUCCAGCCGCUCCACUACUUUCCCCUGCAAUAAAACGGCUCCAAACUGUAGAAAAGAAGUACCACUCACCUUCCUCUCUCGCUACAGAUGACUUCUUAUUUCACCAGGAGGGAGUAGGCAGCUUUCAGUAUACGUUGGAUGCCACACGCUCGCUACGCCAGAAACAAGGCGAGGGACCCAUGACUUACCUAAACAAAGGCCAGUUUUACGCUGUGACGCUCAGUGAGCUCAGCGCCAACAAGCGCCUCCGUCACCCUAUUAGCAAAGUCCGGAGCGUUAUCAUGGUGGUGUUUAGUGAGGACAAGAACCGGGACGAGCAGCUUAAAUACUGGAAGUACUGGCACUCACGGCAGCACACAGCCAAACAGCGAGUUCUGGACAUUGCUGAUUACAAAGAGAGCUUCAACACAAUCGGGAAUAUCGAAGAAAUCGCCUACAAUGCCAUUUCCUUCACCUGGGACGUGAACGAAGAGGCCAAGAUCUUCAUCACCGUUAACUGUCUAAGCACAGACUUCUCAUCUCAGAAGGGGGUGAAGGGCCUUCCUCUGAUGAUCCAGAUUGACACGUACAGCUACAACAACCGUAGCAACAAGCCGCUCCAUAGGGCGUACUCACAGAUCAAGGUCUUCUGUGACAAGGGAGCUGAGAGAAAAAUCCGGGAUGAAGAAAGAAAAUUACUGCGCAAGAAAUCCAAAGGGAAAGACGGUGGCGUCGGUGUAAUAAACAUUCCUAAAAAGUCUGAAGUCACCUUCUUUAAGACCAUAACUGACUUGGAGGCCCAACCAGUACUUUUCAUCCCUGAUGUUCACUUUGGUAACCUGCAGAGAGCUGGACAGGUGUUUACCUUCAACACAGAAGAUAUCGACAAAGAAGGCACUGUGUUGGUGAAGAGGAUGUACAGGUCAUCUGAUGAAGACCUUUGCCCGUCACCGCACAAACAGAUCCGGGAGGAGACGCACAAAAGAGUGUUGCUGUAUGUCAGAAAGGAGACAGAUGAAGUGUUUGAUGCUCUGAUGCUGAAGUCUCCGACCCUCAGAGGACUGAUGGAGGCUAUAUCAGAGAAGUAUGGCGUACCCACAGAGAGGAUAGCCAAGGUGUACAAGAAGAGUAAAAAAGGAAUCUUGGUGAACAUGGACGACAACAUCAUCGAGCACUACUCCAACGAAGACACUUUUGUCCUCAACAUCGAGAACUGUGCAGAAGCCUACAAGAUCAUCCUAACAGAGAUCUGACAGUCUGUCUUCAGAUCUCUGAGACUGCUGGAUAAACCGAUCAUUUGCUGGACUAUAAACCGCUCUUCGGAGGAAUUUGCCUUUGAAGAUGGCGCCAACUCUCAUGAUACCCAUACUUACCUCUAUGAAGCAGUUCUGAUUUCUUACGCAGGAUGAUAAAUAAAGGACACUGUUGAACUGAUGUUUAGAAGAAAUGCUGGACUCCAUACCCACAAACUUCAGUUUACUUAAUCUUUAUACUGUAUAAACUUUGUAAAAAUUGAUCAUGUACAGAUGGGUUUUUUUUUUUUUUUGCCAAAU